AUGAAUGCUGUUUAUCAGCCUGUCAAAAACGGUGCGAGCACCACGGCAAUCUCGAUUCCGGUAAUUACCCCAAGCCCUCCUGAAGAUGAACUCUACUUCAGUUGCACCAGCAUCUCGAGCGGUUCUCCCGUCGAGGGCGCAUCUGGAGACGAGCGUCCAAGCCCUGGGACAGAUGCCGAGAAGGAGCCUGCCAAUGGAGCCUCGACCGUCGUCAGUAAUGGUGACACGUUAUCCCAUUCCGAAACUGCCAGUGGCCGAGACCUUCUGAGUGUGGGCAGACCGGUCACACCACUUCGAUCGCCACCGCCAGCAGUCGGUUCUCCAAGCAAUGGCUCAGAUACCUCCUGGUCCAUGCUCUGGGCGGCCGAGCCAACGGGUACUUCAUCCCCGGGAAGCGCAGCUAGCCUAGCUUUAUCUAGGCAGAGCCGCUCAAGCAGUGAAAGUUACGCCGGCAGAAUGGAAGAUGACGAGACACGGAACAUUCACUUCUUGCUGAAACGGCGUGCGCAGCGACUGAAAGAAGUCCGCCGUUUCGUGAAAAGAUACUACGCCAAGAACAAAGCUCUGCUGCUCAGUCCGCCAUCGCUCUAGUCUCCUCUGCUGCCAACGAUGUCUUGUUUCCUGAAAAGAGCGCAUGAACUUGCCCAGUCACUGCUGCAGUCGGACAAGUGUGCACUGAGUUGAACGACGUAGCAGUUGCUUUGUGUGUAUGCUGAUGCAUGAGGCUAGACCGGGGGUUCCGCCCUAACGGUUCUUCGCUCAGUCCUAUCCGACGCCGCCUCACUACCGCUGCUGGCUCAAGACCUUUACAUGUUUUUAUGUGCGCAGCGUCCCAGCUGCAAAAGAGAAUUCAUACGUUUUAUACCUACAGCCCCGCGUCCUCGAUUUGAUGAUUUAUUAUUGCUAUCGUGCUUUUUCUGUGUGCCUUUCGAACUAUCUACUUUGCCUAAAUAAAGGAAUGUCAACUUCUCA